CAUGGCAGUAAGUGCCGUGAAUGCACAAGCUCCUAGAACAGCUGUCCUCACAUCUCCCACAAUGAAACAGUCCUCCCUGAGCUGUAGCCUUCAUCUCCGCUACUUCAUGUGGGACUCAAGUUUGACUGUGCUAGAAGACAGCCCUCUUUGGGCAGAGGUGUGGACCUCUGAGGGCCAGAAAGCUCUGGUGUGGAGGCCAGAGAGCUCAAGUGUUCAUGCAUGGAGGGAAGGCACCAUCUUUUUGGGACGCAUACCUGGCCCUUUUCAGAUCCAGAUACACUCACGGCGUCAGUAUGGGGGGAGUGGAGACAUAGCAAUUGAUCAGUUGGAGUUCAAGGAUUGUGCACUUCCAGCUCCUACGGACACUGGGAGCUGCAGGGUGGGCCUUUUCCAGUGUAAACAGGGAGGCUGUGUAGAAAAACGUGCAGUGUGUGAUGGCACAGAUGAUUGCGGCGAUGGAACGGAUGAAGAGAACUGCGGAGGAUAUACGAGUUGUAACUUUGAAAAAGACCUGUGUGCUUGGGACGUAAGAUCAUUUUCAGGACUUAAGUGGAUUCGGACCAGACAGAUGAAUAUCUCAAUGUCUAAUCCCCUUAGAGGCCCUGGGAGAGACCAUUCCAUCAAUUCUGCUGAAGGUCAUUUCCUGUACGUUACCAAACCAAAUGUGCUUAAGCAAGAUUGGGCAUCUUUUCAAAGUCCUCCACUGGAACCUACCAGUAGCUCACAUCCUUGCCGUAUGGUGAUGUACACACACCAGUUUGGUGGCGUAUCAGGGGGCCUAUCAGUGCUGGUGGCAGAGAGACAGAUUUACCCAGUGUGGGAGCGUGGGGGCUCACUGGGUGAUCUGUGGGUUAAGGCUGAGAUAGAGUUUGUAGUUAACAGCCCAUUUCAGAUAUUGUUUGUUGCUGCUAUAAGAGACCGAGCAUAUGGAGGCAUUGCAGUUGAUGAUAUUACACUGUCUCCGGAAUGUCGUUUGGCCAACAUGUCAGUCCCACCAGAGUUUUUUCCUAAACCUCCCAAAAAACCCUGUGCAGAAACCAGUAAAAUUUGUGACUUUAACAGGGACUGCACACAGGGAGAGGAUGAGGCCCAGUGCGGAGACUUUUCAUAUGAGCAGGGUAUCAAGGGUUGGACAGAUACCAGUAUUGGAAGCCAAGGCUGGAAGAUAAUGGAAAAUACCUCAUCUUCAGAGGCGUUCUUAUAUGUGGCUGAAGCUGCUGGUCAGCAGCUAACAGAAGCUCAAACACGCACCCCUCUACUCGGCCCGUCCGGCCUUGCCUGCACUCUCCAGUUCUCCUACAGUCUCACAGGCAACAACACACACAUAGGUGAAGUGUCUGUAAUGGUAGUGGACAGUGUGUUGGGCUCUCUGCCUCGGCUGUGGGAGUUUGGUGGGAGGACCGGUGAAAACCUGGCCGAAUCAUGGAUAAAAGAGGAGGUCUAUAUUGGUGCCAGAGAUCAUCGCUUCCAGCUGGAGUUCAGAGCUCAUGCUCAAACUCUUACCUCAGACGCAAGAAUAGCAGUGAAGGAUGUUCAUUAUGUCAACUGCAACCCAGAGUAUAUUCCGUCGACUGCUGAUGGACUAUCGUGUAACUUUGAGACUGACCUAUGUGGCUGGUACCAAGAUCAAAUGGACAACUAUGACUGGAGUGUUCAAAAUGGCAUUGACCACACUACUGGAGUUGGUAGAAGCCUGGUGGUGGAUAUGUGGGACACGAAAUUACGGGGUCUCUCUGGUCGUCUUCUUUCACUCCGCCAGAAUUCACUGGAUGAGCACUGUCUCUUAUUCUUCUACAAACUUUAUGGCCCUCAAACAGGUGCCCUCAAUGUUAAGAUGCUUUUCAAAGAUGGCUCAGAGCAGCUGUUAUGGACUAGGUUUGGGUCUCACGGAAAUGUCUGGCAAAAAGGACUGUGCCCAGUACCUCAACAAAUUAUUUCAUACCAGUUAGUAUUUGAAGCAUUGCGCUCAGGUUUUGAUGGACAGGUGGCUAUAGAUGACGUGGCAUUUGUAAAAGGCCCAUGCUCUCUGCCUACUAUGUGCUCAUUCGAGGGUCAGCGCUGUGGCUACACUAACAAUAGAGAUGGUCUCUGGGUUCACCAGACGUGGGAUGCAACAAGGAUUGGCCCUAAGACCGAUCACAGUCUUGAGACAGAGAAGGGUUACUACAUGCUGGCCCACAACGGUGUGAAUGCCCUUCCCCAGGGCAGUGUGACGACUCUGACCUCUCCUAUACGCCGUGGUGUGACUCACACUGAGUGUGUCUAUUUCUGGUACAACAUGGGUGGACAUAACCCAGGUACAUUGAGUGUGUAUGUAAAGCCUGCAGAUGGAAACAGGAUCCUGCUCUUCUCCAACAGUCUGGAUCAGGGAGAAGUCUGGCGCCUUGGCAUGGGCAAUGUUAGCUGCCAUGGAGACUGGCAGUUGCAGUUUGAGGUGCAAGGAGGAGGAGGAGAAGACACUUAUGUUGCUAUUGAUGACAUCAGCUUCUCAACUCACAGCUGUCCUACAACAGGCAAUGUAUGUGAUCUGGAGCAUGGUCUAUGUGGAUGGAGCAACACUCAGAGCCACCAUCUGGACCAGUUAGAUUGGGAGCUAAGCAACCUGCUGUCUGAAACACACUACCCCACUCCUCCAUACGACCACACACUGCACAAUGAGAAAGGUCAUUUCCUUUUCCUUCCACACACUCCACGGGACACUGCUACCCAUAAUGCCUGGCUGCUGAGUCCCCAUCUUCCCCCCACCAAAGGCACCUGCCUGUAUUUUUGGGUUCAUCAGCCUGUUGCUGAUGACAGCAAGUUGGUGGUGUGGAGACUCUCCAACAGGGCCAAAACUGAACUUUUUAGCCGCACUGGGGCUGAAGAAACAUGGAUGCAUUUCAGAUUAAAUGUCACUUCAGAGACUGAGUACCAAAUUGUGUUUGAGGGAAUUAAAGGGGCAAAGAGUGUUCUUGCUUUGGAUGACUUUGGCUACACUGUUGGGGUCAAUUGUGUUGGAGAGCAGACAGACCAGAUAACUUCAUCAUCACCUGACAACACAGGCGUCAUAGCUGCCUCUGCAGUAGUAGCCAUUCUGCUGAUGGUGACGCUAGCUGUUUUACUGUUCCUAAGGAUGCGUGAGCGUACCAAUUCUCAGAGACAGGACUCAAGUAGUCCUGAGGCUCAUACAGGCCUUACAAAUGAUCUGUAUGAAACUGAUCAUGUUGUUUUACCUUCGAUCUAUAACCCGGAGCAUGAGCGGGGGGUGUGAUUGUGCACACUUGAUGAAGAGACCAUGAUGCCACAGCAGAAGAACUGCUUGUAUCAUUGCAUACACAGAUCCAUAAACGCAUCUAGCAGACUAUUCAGUUCUGUUAGUUAUAAUAUUUGUUUUUUAAAAUUCUGAUGACAUUACAGAGCAAAUCUGGAAUUUAAAUGACAGGUUAACACUUAUGUUCUAAUACAUUAGCAUUUAAAUGGUAACUACUUAUACAGGGACUUGUAUAUAUUAUUGUAUAUAAAAGUGAAAAAAGGAGAUACUGGUGAGGAAUUAACUGUAUUAACUGUAUCAUAGCAUGGACUGCUGAGGUUAAUAGUAUGGGAGUGUGCCAGGACAUACUUUCUGUAAAGUAGGCAAGAGCUAGAAGAUCAUAUUAGUAGUGGAAUGUUAUAGUAAAAUGUAUAUGAAAAAAUGACUAGUUAGUAUUACUACUAGAGCUAGUAGUAAUACUAUUACUAAAAGUCCUAAUGGUUAAAAUUUCAUUUUAGUGCAUAAUCUGACAUGAGGUAUAUAAGUAAAGUUCUCAAAGCUAAUGCAGAAACAUAAAGAGCUCAUUUACACAUUUUGUUUAUAUGUUAAAAGCGAUGAUUGAGCAUCAGCUUUCUGUGUUUGCCAAAGCAUCAGCAGGUUUGAAUAGCAAAGACCUUUGAAAACCACUGAAUAAACACAAACCAAAAUGGAAACAAAUUUUGUAAUAAU